GCUUCUCGUCCUGACCGACAAUGUGCGGUUCCUUGGUCAAUGCCUUCUCGGGAAUGGGGAUGGAUGACAUGAUGGUAGUUGGCGGAAGUGGUGGUGAAAUGGCGGGACUGGCCAGACUAUGACCAUCAUCGCUGGUGAGUUCCGCAGUGGAGGCGACGCUUGGGUUACUCCAGGUCGAUUGAGUGCUCUGGGCGCGGGGUGGCACACGAGAGUCACCUUCCUCGUCAGUGUGUUCUGUUUCGGAGUGCAGUUGUCGCGUCAGGAGCGACUCUCUUCGCUCGUACAUUCGAGGGUCGGCUUUGGCGAAAGAAGUCAAAGAUGGCAAGUUUGGCGGGGCGCAGGUAGUGGUAGACGGGUGUUGUUUUUCGUCGGGCGGUUCGUCGACUUCGGCGAGUAAGUCUUCGGACUCAUGCAUGCCAGUAGUCGCGGUCGGCAUGGACGGCUGGGCUGUGUUUCUCGGAUGCAUGGCGGCGGUGGAGGUGGUGAGGAGGAGGGGAAGAAAUGGGGUGAAUGUGUCGGUGGCGAUUAACGAUGACCCAAGCCAUCAUUGUGCGCGUGAUUGGGUGUGGCGAGAAGUUGGAUGCUGGGAUGAGGUCACAGAAGGAGGUGCCAGUCAGCAACAAGAGCGCGGCGGUCGUCAGGGUUCAUCUCACAAUGGUAAUUGGGGGGCACCCGGGGCAGUGAUGUUGAAGCAGCGAGUAGCGCAGGACGUGCGAGAUAUGGCAGGCGGUGGACGCAGGAGAAGAGCGGGCGCGUGUCGGUGGUCGGUGGAGAUGGGUUGUGGUGGAUUGCUUACAUUUACGGACAUACUCGGUGGUACCAUUUUUGCUAGCCAAAUCGGGCAUGCCGGGGAUCCAUUACCCGACCCUACCUACUAG